AUGACGCCGCUCGAGAUAAUCUCGCUAGUUUGCAACAUGUGGUACUUCACUCUACUCCUUUUCGUUGUGUCUGCGUACUAUGGACAGGCUUAUAAAGCUGCAGUUGUCCACUACUACCCCGCUGUCGGAACCACCGCGGAGGAGACGAUCCUGAAAAACAUGAACGAGUACCGAAAGUACGCCAACAAAGCCAAGAGCAAAGGGGUCGACAUUAUAGUGUUCCCUGAGUACGGUCUGGUCACUACGUCUGCUCUAGCCAAUCCCGGAGAGUACUCCCUUGAAAUACAAAGUCCUAUCAUAGCGCAGAUCGGUACUAUAGCAAGAGACAACGGGGUUUACUUGGUUGUUAAUUUAUUCGAACGAAUCGACGAUAAGUACUACAACACGAAUUUGGUUUUUGACAGGAAUGGUACCCUGAUUCUUAAGUACCAUAAAAGCCACUUGUAUAACGAGUUCGGUUUGACUCCUGGUACCCCGAAUCAAACUAUCACGUUUUCGACCGACUUUGGUGUCACUUUUGGUAUCUUCACAUGCUUUGACAUGUUGUUCGCAAACCCUUCAUUAAGGGUUUUGGAGGGUGGAAAUGUCACUGACGUGAUUUUCGUUCUCGGGUGGUUACCGUCGUACAUUUCUUUGAGCAUCCAACACGGUUAUUGUGUUGCUAACGGGGUUAACCUCCUGGCUGCUAAUUAUGGCAGACACAUAGACGGGAGAAGUGGUACCGGGAUAUACUUAUCCGAUGGAAAAGUCGCCAAAGUGGUCAAUGAUAGCGUAAAAAGCCAGCUAGUGGUACGAGAAGUACCACCGAAAUCACUAGAAACGGAAAAAACUUGCCCCAGAAGUGUUAAGGAAAAAACGCACACAGUCGUGACGACGUCAAAAUAUUAUUUCCACGACGUCGACUUGACGAAAAAAUUUACGUCGACGCAACUUUGCAACGGGAAUUUUUGUUGCACUUUCCAGGUAACGCUUGACAUGCGGCAGAAAAAUCCCACGGAUAUUUACAAAUUGAUGAUCUUCGACGACUCCGUCAGCUACGAUAAACUCGAAGCCAAUUUCCGAAUUUGCACCUUAUUAGCUUGCAGGAACGAAUUCGUUGACAGCUGUGGAGCAAUGGCCAAUGUUACGUCAACGUUCAAAAGGAUAAGUGUUCAAGGGAACUUCACCAAGGACAACUCGACGUUUUACAGACCCAUUACUUUGCACACGUCGCUUUCUCCGUUGACCCCCACUGCGUACUGUCAAGCUAAUUCUUCAGUCCACCUUGGAACGAAAAACCAGAAAGGUGUGAUCAUUUUCGGGAUUUUUGAAAGGAAGGACACUGUUAGCGAAAGGAGAGACGACAUUGACGGAGCUCGCAACUCCAAAAUUUUUCUAGUACUCACUUGGGGGCGCCCGUACUAUUUCGCAUUUUUCAAAUCGUCAGUGUUUGAUUAGUUGUUUCUAUUUUUUACAUAUAAUUGUAUUUAUAGUCUAGUUAUCAUACGACUCUUUGAAUCUGAAGAACGCACGAUUGUGAUUAGCAAGCGUAUAUCUAAUGUGUUUUGUAAAUAUUUGAUUAGAGUUGUUGGAUUGUGAAUAAAGGUCAAAACUGCGAGUCGAUGAAUGUAAUAAAAGGGGUCAAACUUCUCAUAUUUUUGUUGUAUUGUGUGUAAAAAUAAAUAUUUUUUUCGCA